AACGCUCUCCCCGCUUCAGGACUAAGCCUGCGCUGGAGGAAAAUAACUGCAAGGGAGAACUGCUAAUCACACCUCCGUGUGGGAACUAACUCCGGGGAGCAGCGUGUGCCGCCAGCCCCAGGAUAUUCCCUGCCUCCAACCUGAAGUGAUUCCUCCUGGAACGGUUCAGUCGCCCCUGCAGUUCACCUUUGCCUGCAGUUAACCAGCGUGCAAUUUGGGUUUAAUGGAGCUGGGUUUAUUGUUCCUCUUUGGACUUACGAUUACGUCGACUGCAGGGUCCGCGCUGCCCCGGCCCCGCUCGGCGCUCCCCGCGGGCGGGGACCCGGCACACCGGGAGCGGGACGCGAGCGGGGCGGCGGCGGCGGGCGGCGGGCGCGCCAGGGCGGACGGCGGGGGGCUGCGGCCGCGGGCCCGGCGCUGCACUUGCUACACCUACAAGGACAAGGAGUGCGUGUACUACUGCCACCUCGACAUCAUCUGGAUCAACACCCCCGAGAGGACUGUGCCAUAUGGACUGUCUAACUACAGAGGCAGCUUUAGAGGCAAAAGGUCUACAGGCCAGAGUCAAAGUACUUCCCAGUCUUCAUUUCGAUGUUCCUGUUUGGAUGCUCAGGAUGAACAGUGUUUGCAGUUUUGCAGAAGAGUGCAAGACAGAAGAAGAAAUCAUGGAUCAAUGAAAAAGACAGAGGAGAAAGACCAAUGCAGGGAAGAGGAACACAACUUCAUUCAGUAGCACAGAGAGUCUGGAGGAUUCUGAACAAUCAGCUUUAACAUUUAUUUGCUGGAGCUCAGAAACAAGAACUUAAACUACAACUCUCCCUUGAGAUGGACAAACUUGAUGCUUCAGUGUGAUGCCAGUGGAGAAUUGAGCGAUGCACCACUUCCAUUUCAGCAGUGCCACUCUGAGGGCACGUGAACCUGCAUGAGGAAGCUUUGUCCCGUGUUCCCCUCCUGAGAGUCUCAGUAAAGGAUAAUCUUUAUCAUGGAACUGGCAGGGAAUGUAUCACUAGUGAAGAAAACUUCAAAGGCAGAUCCAAACUUCAGCAAUGCAAAGUUUCAGGGAGCAUUUUUUUCCUCUGUGAUUUCAAAGAGUACAAUAGAAACAUACUGUUCCACUUUGUGUCUGAGGAAUCCAUCCACAGCUUUAUGCAGGCAACUGUAAUUGGAGAAUGUGGUGAGCUAGAGAGAGAUUGCCUCUACAUGAGUUCUCAUUCAGAAUAAACAGAUGCAAAAUA